AUGGCUCCCCAAGAAGAAGCAUUCAGUAUUCGUGAAAAAGGCCUUGUGUGGCCCAGCAGGUUUAACCAGGCACAGCCCCUUUCUCUUUGUAAUGACCAUUGCCAUUUGGGAUAUCAUAAGGCAAAGAAGGAAGGAGAGCCAUUUUGCUGCUAUGAUUGCCUUCCAUGUCCGGAAGGAAAGAUUUCCAACCAGACAGACAUGGAUGAAUGCUUUCAGUGCCCACCAGAUCAUUACCGAAACGUGGAAAAAGAUUCAUGCAUUCCAAAAUAUAUAAGUUUCUUGUCUUAUGGAGAACUCCUGGGGAUCUCUUUGGCCUGUUUUGCUCUCUCUUUUGCUUUUAUCACAGGGUUGGUGCUGUGGAUUUUCAUUAGGCACCGGGACACUCCCAUAGUCAAAGCCAACAACCGCAACCUCUCCUACACUCUCCUCAUCUCCCUCUUGUUCUCCUUCCUUUGUGCUCUUCUAUUCAUUGGUCAACCUGAGAAAGUGACGUGUCUCCUUCGACAAACAGCUUUUGGCAUCAUCUUUUCAGUGGCAGUUUCUUGUGUGUUGACAAAGACAAUCAUUGUGGUCCUUGCUUUCAUGGUCACCAAACCAGGGUCCAGCAUGAGGAAAUGGGUGGGGAAACAACAGGCCACCUCCAUUGUUCUUUCCUGUUCCUUGAUUCAAGCUGCUCUUUGUACUGUGUGGCUGGCAACUUUCCCCCCAUUCCCAGAUUUAGACAUGCACUCAAUGAAUAAAGAAAUUGUUUUGCAAUGUAAUGAAGGGUCAGUCACCAUGUUCUACUGUGUCUUGGGGUUUAUGGGCUUGCUGGCCAUUGUCAGCUUCUCUGUAGCCUUCCUAGCCAGGAAGUUACCUGACAGUUUUAAUGAAGCCAAGUUUAUCACCUUCAGCAUGUUGGUUUUUUGCAGUGUGUGGCUUUCAUUUGUUCCAAGCUAUCUGAGCACAAAAGGAAAAUUCAUGGUGGCUGUGGAGAUCUUCUCCAUCUUGGCCUCCAGUGCUGGGUUACUGGGUUGUAUCUUUUCCCCAAAAUGUUAUAUUAUUGUCCUGAGGCCGGAAUUGAACAGCAGAGAGCAGCUAAAAAGAACAAGUUAA